AUUCAUGAGUCUGGUGACUAAUUUUAGUUGAUAUAAAUACCUGAUCAAUCUCAAUAAUUUAUCUUCAAUCACAACAUACGCUACGAUUAUGUGUCUCAACUUCUUGCUUAUGACUUCAUAAAUUGAAACAGAGAAGCAGAGUAUAAGGAAAGGAAGAAUUAACAUUGAAAUCUAGCAAUGGCUCGUGAGCAACUAGGAGUUCUGAGUGCUCUUGAUUCAGCCAAGACACAAUGGUACCAUUUCACAGCCAUUAUAAUAGCUGGUAUGGGAUUCUUCACAGAUGCAUAUGACCUUUUCUGCAUACCAAACGUGACAAAAUUACUGGGAAGAAUUUACUACACACAUAAAGGUUCACCAAAACCAGGAACUUUACCUCCAAAUGUAUCAGCAGCAGUUAACGGUGUUGCACUUUGUGGAACACUAGCAGGUCAACUUUUCUUUGGUUGGCUCGGGGACAAAAUGGGAAGAAAAAAAGUGUACGGACUAACACUAGCACUCAUGGUAUUCUCUUCUCUCGCUUCAGGUCUAUCUUUCGGUCACUCUGCCAAAGGAACUAUUUCAACUCUUUGUUUCUUUAGAUUCUGGCUUGGUUUUGGUAUUGGUGGUGAUUACCCUCUUUCUGCUACAAUUAUGUCUGAAUAUGCUAAUAAAAAGACACGUGGUGCUUUUAUAGCUUCUGUUUUCGCUAUGCAAGGUUUUGGUAUUUUGGCUGGUGGAAUUGUUUCUUUGUUAGUUUCAACUGCUUUUGAUCAUGCUUAUAAAGCUCCACCAUAUAAACUUAAUCCUGAAGCUUCACUUGUGCCUCAAGCUGAUUAUGUUUGGCGUAUCAUUCUCAUGUUUGGGGCUGUUCCUGCUGCUUUAACUUACUAUUGGCGUAUGAAAAUGCCUGAGACUGCAAGGUACACUGCACUUGUUGCUAAGAAUGCAAAACAAGCAGCACAAGACAUGUCAACGGUUUUACAAGUUGAGAUUGAAGCUGAACAACAGAAACUUGACAACAUAGUUGUGAGAGAACAGAACAGCUUUGGUUUGUUUAGUAAAGAGUUUGUUAAAAGACAUGGACUUCAUUUACUUGGAACAACUUCAACUUGGUUUUUACUUGACAUUGCUUAUUAUAGUUCAAAUCUUUUUCAAAAGGAUAUUUAUAGUAGUAUUGGUUGGUUACCACCUGCUGCUGAUAUGAAUGCAAUUCAUGAAGUUUUCAAAGUUGCUAGAGCAACAACACUAAUAGCACUUUGUGGAACUGUUCCUGGUUAUUGGUUCACUGUGGCGUUUAUCGAUGUUAUCGGUCGGUUCUUCAUUCAAGUCAUGGGAUUCUUCUUCAUGACAGUGUUCAUGUUUGCACUUGCCCUUCCUUAUCAUCAUUGGACUAAGAAAGAAAACAGAAUUGGGUUUUUGGUUAUGUAUGCUUUCACUUUUUUCUUCGCGAAUUUUGGCCCGAAUUCAACUACUUUUGUUGUGCCUGCUGAGAUAUUUCCGGCUAGGUUGAGAUCAACAUGUCAUGGGAUAUCUUCUGCAGCAGGAAAAGCUGGAGCAAUUAUAGGUGCUUUUGGAUUUUUGUAUGCUUCACAAAGUAAGGAUCCGAAAAAGAGAGAUGCAGGGUACCCUGCUGGUAUUGGAAUGAAAAACACUCUUAUUUUGCUUGCUGUUGUUAACUGUCUUGGCAUAUUUUUCACUUUUCUUGUGCCUGAAGCUAAAGGAAAAUCAUUGGAAGAGAUGAGUGGAGAGAAUGAAGAAGAAUCUGGUGAUGAUGUUGCUGUUGUUGAUCCACAUGCCUCUUCUAAUAGGACUGUUCCAGUGUAAUGUUUUUCAUAAGUAGGAAUCAAUCUCGAUAUGUCGGUAAUUCAAGUGUGUUCAGUAUUACUAUUACUAUUACCAAUGAUUUUAUUUUCUUCUAAGAAUCUCACCUCAUUAAGCAUGGUUAAUGUGAAUUCAAUCAUUAUCAAAGUGUAGAGUAUUACAAAAAUUACACAGCAGGUCAUAUCCUUAUAGUGUGCAAAUGUGCUAGCAAUAUAAGAUAUAGUAUGGUUUUUCACCCAAAAAAAUAUUUAGUUUUGUAUGGUUUAUCAUAUCAAAGAUUCCUCUCAUGAGAUUUAAGUUUGUUAUUCAACUUGCCUUCAGUUCAAUCUAAAAAAGUACUCAGGAUUCCUCUGC